CAAUCAUGGGGGAGCACUCAAUGAAGAAGAUCACUUGGACGAUCAAGAACUUUUCAUCUUUGCAACGUGAGAAACUUUGUUCUGAUCCAUUCGUGGUCGGUCGUUGCGAAUGGCGUCUUUGUGCAUAUCCCAAGGGAAACAACGUUGACUACUUGUUUCUAUUUCUUGAAGUCGCCGAUCAUGAAUCACUGCCUUGUGGAUGGAGAAGAAACGUUCGAUUUUCCCUAAGUAUAGUAAACCAAAACACCAUAAAACGUUCCAGACAAAAUGAUGAGCAAAAGUGGUUUGGUGAGGAGUCUCCUCGUUGGGGUCGUGUAUCCAUGUUUCCCCUGAAUGAGAUCCAUGCCAAAGAGAGUGGAUAUUUGGUAAACGGAGAAUUCAAGAUUGUUGCUGAGAUUGCGGUCAUUGCAGCAAUUGGCAAGUUAGAUAUAGCAGAGGAAACUUCAACAAUAAUAGAAACCAUGGAUGUUAAUGGCUUUCAACUUUUUCCUUCACAGAUGGAACUUGUGAGCCGUUUGUUAGAAAGACACCCAGAGAUUGCAUCGGAUAUCCGUACUAAGAACCCAAAUCUUAGGAUGGGUUACAUGAGCUUGCUACUUAGUCUGAUUGAGACUCUGCGUCAGUCACCUCACAAGCUCUCCAAGACUGAUCUGGCCGAGGCAGAUGCUGCUUUGGGAUCCUUGACCAAUGCUGAAUUUAAAUUGGAUUGGUUGGAGAAGAAACUCGAUGAGAUGGCCGAGAAGAAGGAGAAAGAGGAGGCAGGUGAGGCUCGAGUGCGGGAAAUCGAGGAAGACUUGAAGGAUUUAAACCAGAAGUGCUCAGACCUGGAAGCUCAGCUGGAGAAGCAAAAACUAGAGUUGUCGGCUGCAAAAGCUCCUAUCUCAUUUGAUGAUGUUUUUUAAUGUUCUUGAAUUCUUAGGCUGGAGGUUCUUGUUUUAGGUGAACAUGGUUUCUAGUACUACAUAACGGAGUACAUUGGUUUUAAGUGAAGAAAUGGUUUUAA